CUCUUUUCGAUUUUAUAUUCUUUUUUUUUUUAAAACCAGAUUUAUUAAUCCGUAAUUAUCAUAAUUAAAACCUCUUCAGUGAAUUUAGGGGAAAAAGAAUUGCUACUUUGAAUAUUUGAUUCUUUGCUUGCCUCCCUUGCUUUUUAGUUUUUUAAACCCACAGCCCCCCAAGUUGCAAUAUUUUGGAAAUCAGCCCCAAUAUUCUCCAGGUAGUGGAUGGUACUUCAUGCAUCUGAGUUGUUAAACAAGAAAUUCAUCAGAAAAAACGAAUCUAAUGCGAUUGGAUUAGUUGAUUUGAAGCAUUCCGAACAAAAUUCAGCUAUUCCAAUGGCGGAUAAGUCGAGACCCAGUACCUUGACUGUCUACCUUUACGUUCCCAACAUAAUUGGAUAUGUAAGAAUUCUAAUGAAUUGCUUUGCUUUUGCGAUAUGCUUCAAGGACAAGUAUCUUUUCUCCGUUCUGUAUUUUGUUAGCUUUGUAUGUGAUGCAUUGGAUGGUUGGUUUGCACGCAAAUUGAAUCAAGUUUCAACAUUUGGAGCUGUUCUGGACAUGGUUACGGACAGGAUAAGCACUGCUUGUCUGUUGGUUAUUCUAUCCCAAGUUUAUAGGCCUGGGAUGAUUUUCUUGUCGUUGCUUGCUCUAGAUAUUGCCAGCCAUUGGUUGCAAAUGUAUAGUUCCUUCUUGGUGGGCAAAACUAGUCAUAAGGAUGUAAAAGAUAGCAGCAGCUGGUUAUUCAAGCUUUAUUAUGGGAAUCGGAAAUUUAUGGGUUACUGCUGUGUUUCCUGUGAGGUUCUUUACAUUGUUCUAUUUCUUCUAGCGGAGAAUCAAACUGAGAAACUGACUGAAGUUUUAGUAAAUGCUGCUACCCAGAGCUGGCUCUAUUUGACUUUACUUUCUUUGAGCUUUAUUGGAUGGGUAAUAAAGCAAAUAGUUAAUGUAAUACAGAUGAAGACAGCUGCAGAUGCAUGCAUACUUUAUGACAUUGGCAAAAAGCGGUAGGAAGCAGACAAUUGGUAUUUCUCUUAUGUUUGAAUGGAGGAGCAUUUGUGACUAGCUGAUCGCGUGCUUGUCAUCGAACCUCCAAAUGAUCUUAAACCUGUGGAGCAUGCUUUGAGAAAAAAAGCCAUGGGCUGCUCUCGUCAUGCGUAGUCUUGUUGAAGGUCAACCUUUUUUGUUCCCAUUGUUGAACUGUAAAGGAUAACUUGCUCGUCAAUGCCAUAUUAAUUAAGCUAGACACUAUUCUCCAUCUUUGAUCAUGACGGAGCUUCAUCUGUUUGUUCCCAUUGUUGAACUGUAAAAGAUAACUUGCUUGUCAAUGCCAUGUUAAAUUAUGCUAGGCACUAUUCUCGAUCUUGGAAUCAUAAUGUGCUUCAUAGUCGUACUGUGUAUUUGGUGUGACUGCUCUUAUGGUGUGUUCCUUUUAUGAUAACUACUCUUGCUGUGUGUU